GGUUUUUUUCUCUUUGCUCCUCUUCUCUAGGGUUUAAAGAAAGAAGUUUCUCUUGCGGCGUAGCCUCCACACAGAGGGAUUAUAAGGGAUUUCAUCAUAAUCAAAAAGAACAAUGUCAGGUGAAGAAGGUGCUGCUGCUGCUGUUGUUGCAGCCGAGACAUCUGUUGCAGUCCCUGAGGAGAUGGACUUGAUUACAGCUUUGCAACAUGUGUUAAGGAAAUCUCUUGCUCAUGGUGGGCUGGCUCGAGGUCUUCAUGAAGGUGCAAAGGUGAUUGAGAAGCAUGCUGCCCAGCUCUGUGUAUUAGCUGAGGAUUGCAACCAGACUGACUAUGUCAAGCUGGUGAAAGCACUUUGCAACGACCAUAAUGUUACUCUGCUGACAGUUCCCAGUGCUAAGACCCUUGGUGAAUGGGCGGGACUGUGCAAGAUAGACUCUGAGGGGAAAGCCAGGAAGGUAGUCGGUUGCUCUUGUGUUGUUGUCAAGGUACGCAUACAUUUGAAA